AUGGCCAUGUCUAGUGACACAGAAGCGCUUUUCAUCUUUGUAUAUCCACCGUUUGAAAUUAGUGGAAUAGCGGUAAUGUUGUUCUGCAAAGCUGAUACGCAGCUGCAGGUGGUUCGAUCUCAAAUCGAGUACGAGAUAGGUGAUACUAUACUAGACAUCUAUUUUCUUUAUACACAUUUGCAACAAGCGUUUAGAACAUGCCAAAUUCAACGUACCGAUAACCAUUUUAGUGUUGCCUAUAUCCGUCGUUGUAAGUUUUUAAAAGUUAAAUGUAUUAUUUGACCUCCGAAGGGUUAGUUGAUCCUUUAUGGGUCUUAUGGCACCCUCUUAAGUCUUUUUGUAACACACUUUAUACUCUUAUCCAGUGUUGGAUUAACGUUGAUUUAUUUCCACCACUGUGUUGCAGUCACCCAAAUUAAUAUAAAGGUCAAAAAUUUGUCGCUUUUGGGCAUUGAAUAAUAUAUUUAUAGUAUACAAGGAAUACCAUGCCACGUUUAAAAUUAAAAUCUUCCCCCAAAACAACGUUUUUAAUUUAAUUUUCGGUAGACUUCAUUUUUGCGUUUCGCUAUGAAAAUUUGAAUAAUUUCUGUAGCUCGUAAAGUGCAAGAUAGAAAAUUCUUUUUUUCAAAAUUUGCAUAAAAUAGCCUAAACUUACAGCACGCAAAAAAUCUUCUUUGUAAGUAUCUCCAUCUCUGAGAACGGAGACUUCACUUUUGAGUUUCGAGGAGUAUAUAAAUUUAAAAAUUAAAAUUUUUUGAUAUAUUAGCUAAUAUUAUCAUGAUUUUCAGCCGUUCUCAAGCCGUUUCUCCGUCCUUUCGAAAGCAAUCAUGGUAAGUUAAGACUGAAGAAUUGCAUUUUAUUAUCUAAAAUUUGACUUUUAAAACUUUUGUUACCCUAAAAUUCAAUUUUUUAACUUUUGUUACUUAAAAUUCAAUUUUUGUUAUCUAAAAUUUUAUUUUUAGAUUUUUUGUUACCUAUAUAUAAUUUUUUAAAGCUUCGUUACCUAAAUUUCAUUUUUAAGUUUUUUUAACUAAUUUUAUUUUUGUUACCUAAAAUUCAAUUUAUUUACCUGACGUUUUGCUUUUCUAAAACUUUAUUUUUACCUAGAUUUUAAUUUUUUACUUGAAAUUGUUACCUAAAAUUCAAAUUUCACGAAUUUUUUUACCUAAAACUUUAUUUUUAAAAACUUUUUGUUUGAAACUCUAUUUUUUUGCUUAGAUUUCAAUUUUUUUACUUGAAUUUUUGUUUUUGUUACCUAAAAUAUAAUUUUUGAACUUGUUACCUAAAAUUUCAUUUUAAAAAAUUUUUUAUUUCAAAUUCUGGUUUCGUUACCUAGAGUUCAAUUUUUUACUUGAAAUUCUAUUUUUGUUACCUAAAAUUUCAUUUUCAAUGUAUUUGUUACUUAAAAUUCAAGUUUUAAAAUUUUUGUUACCUAAAUUUUAUUUCUGUUACUUAAAAUUAAAUUUUUUAAAACUUUUGUUACUUAAAAUGCAUUUUUAAAACUUUUAUUACUUAGAAUCCUACUUUUGUUGCCUAAAAUUUCAUUUUUAAAACUUUUGUUGCCUAACUUUCAACUUUUUAACUUUUGUUACUUAAAAUUCAAUUUAUUUACCUAAUAUUUUGCUUUUGUUACCAAAAAUUUCAUUUUUCUUACCAAAAAGCCCAUUUUUACUACCUCAAACCUCGUUUUGUUCGCCAAACAAUACCUUCUUCAGCGUGAAGUAAUUUCCGUUCACGUUGGCCAAGCCGGUGUCCAAAUCGGUAAUGCUUGUUGGGAAUUGUACUGUCUGGAGCAUGGUAUCCAACCCGACGGUCGUAUGCCUUCUGAAUCCCCAACAGCUGGUGACGACUCGUUUUCGACCUUUUUCUCCGAAACUGGCAAUGGCCGCCAUGUUCCUCGUGCUGUUAUGGUCGAUUUGGAGCCGACUGUCAUUGGUAAGUGGCAUAUUUUACUUUAGUUUGCUAUAUUUUUCUAUUUUUUUUGGUUUUUCGACCGGUCGAUAAUUUUUCUAAAAAAAAAAUUUUGAGAACGAUUUUUAGGCUUACAAAACAUUAUUUUAAAAGCAUUUCUAACACAUUUUACAAAAAAAAAUUUUUUUUUUUCGACCGGUCGAUAAUUUUUUUGACAAAAUUUUUGGUAGAAAAGAGUUUUAGGCUUACAUAUAUCUCAUUUUAAAGCCCUUUAAAAACAUUUUUCAAAAUUUUUUUAUUUUUCGACCGGUCGAUAAUUUUUAAGUCAAUUUUUGUGUUUGCAAAGGUUUUUAGGCGUAUGAAAACUUUAUUUUAAGUUAAGCGUUUUUAAUACCUUUUCCAAAAAAAAAUUUUUUUUAAAUUUUUUGACCUGUCGAUAAUUUCUAUGACCAAAUCUUGUCCAAUUUUUCAAAAUUUUCAAAACUUUAAUUGUAGACGAAAUCCGUACCGGCACCUACAAGCAGCUCUUUCACCCAGAGCAACUGAUCAAUGGCAAAGAAGACGCGGCCAACAACUACGCUCGUGGCCACUACACCGUCGGCAAAGAAAUCAUCGACACCGUACUGGACCGAGUACGUCGUACUGCCGACAACUGUUCCGGACUCCAAGGAUUCUUGAUCUUCCACUCCUUCGGCGGAGGAACUGGCUCUGGCUUCACUUCUCUCUUGAUGGAACGUUUGUCUGUUGACUACGGCAAGAAGUCCAAGUUGGAGUUCUCGAUCUACCCAGCUCCUCAGGUCUCCACGGCCGUGGUCGAGCCCUACAACUCGGUCUUGACUACCCAUACUACCUUGGAGCACUCGGACUGCGCGUUCAUGGUCGACAACGAAGCCAUCUACGACAUUUGUCGCCGCAACUUGGACGUUGAAAGACCUAGCUACACUAACUUGAACCGUCUCAUCUCUCAGGUCGUCUCUUCAAUCACUGCCUCUCUACGCUUUGAUGGAGCUCUCAACGUCGAUCUAACUGAGUUCCAAACCAACUUGGUGCCAUACCCAAGAAUCCACUUCCCAUUGGCUACGUACUCACCAGUAAUCUCCUCGGCCAAGGCUUAUCACGAGUCUUUAUCAGUAGCCGAGAUCACCAACUCCUGCUUCGAACCAUCCAACCAGAUGGUCAAGUGCGAUCCAAGACAUGGUAAAUACAUGGCUGUGUGUCUGUUGUACCGUGGUGAUGUCGUGCCAAAGGAUGUGAACGCUGCUAUCGCUACCAUCAAGACCAACCGGUCGAUUCAGUUUGUUGAUUGGUGUCCAACUGGAUUCAAGGUAAGGGUUUUGAUAGGAAAAAAUGGGGAAAGCGGGUUUAUGAUCAUUAAAAGGUAGUUGAAAUUGAAAAUUUGAUUAAAAAUGACGAUUUAUAAGUAAUUUUGAGAUGUUUUUAAAGUGGAAGCAGAGUGGAAGAUUUUUAGUGCAAAAUAUACUAAAAAUCUUCCACUCAACUUUCAUUUUUAAAAUGUCAUAAAAAGGCUUAAAAACACCUUUUUGACACUUUUUGGAAGUGGAAGUUGAGUGGAAGAUUUGUAAUGUAUUUUGCACUGAAAAUCUUUCACCAAACUUCCAUUUCCGAAAAGUGUUAAAAAGUCAUUUUUAAGCCAUUUUAAGACUUUUUUAAAAUGAAAGUUAAGUGGAAGAUUUUUAGUGAAAAAUACAUUACAAAUCUUCCACUCAACUUUCACUUUCGAAAAUUGUUAAAAAUGAUUUUUUUUUGGUUUUGUAAAAUACGUACAAGCUUUUUCAGACAACAAAAACCUUGUUUUAGGUCGGAAUUAACUACCAGCCCCCAACCGUCGUUCCAAACGGUGACUUGGCCAAGGUUCCUCGUGCUGUGUGCAUGUUGUCCAACACCACUGCCAUCGCCGAGGCCUGGGCUCGACUUGACCACAAGUUUGAUCUGAUGUACGCCAAGAGAGCCUUUGUGCAUUGGUAUGUUGGAGAAGGUAUGGAGGAGGGCGAGUUCUCCGAGGCUCGCGAGGACUUGGCCGCUUUGGAGAAGGACUAUGAAGAGGUUGCUAUUGACUCGACUGAUGCUGGUGCUGGAGAUGAGGAUGAGUACUAG